UGCUGAGCAAAAGUUGUUCAGCAGUUGUUUAAAUUUUGCCUAUCAAAACACACACGCCACACGCUAUGACAUCUGCCGCUCGUCGUCUGUACAAAGUUCUCGUCACCCAUCCGGAGGUACCACUUCCCGCGCUGGAAUUCCUUCGCCAGAAAGGAUGUGAGACGAUUGUCUGUGAAAAUAUUCCCCCGGUUCGUUCGGAUAUACUUCAGAAAUUACCCGGUGUUGAUGCCAUCUUCUGGGCCUCCUAUCAACCAUUGAAUGGAGAAGUACUCGAUGCGGCCGGUUCACAGCUAAAAGCGGUUAGCACAAUGUCAUCGGGCAUUGAUUAUGUUGAUGUGCCGGAAUUUAAGCGUCGUCAAAUGCCAUUGGGGCAUACUCCGGGCGUCGUUAAGAAUGGAGUGGCUGAUUUGGCCAUAGGACUGAUGAUAGCAGCAGGACGUUUCUUUCAUGCCGGACGGCAGCUAAUCGAAAACUCCAAGUGGGAAAAGGAGCGCAUUAACUGGUUGAUGGGUCAAGAGAUACGUGAUUCUGUCAUUGGAUUCAUGGGAUUUGGAGGAAUUGGUCAAGCCAUCGCCAAACGUCUGCAAUGUUGGGAUGUUAAGAAAAUCAUCUACCACACAAGGACGCGAAGAGAGAAUGAUGUUGACUUUGGAGCCCACCAUGUGACAUUUGAUGAACUACUGAAGGAAAGUGACUUCUUGGUGGUGGCUUGUCCCUUAACUGCGGAAACAAAGGGGAAAUUUCAUGCCGAAGCAUUUGGUAAAAUGAAAAAGAAUUGUGUCUUCGUCAAUGUGGGUCGGGGAGGAAUUGUGGAUCAAGACGCCUUGAUUGAAGCCUUGAAAACGGGUCAAAUAUUUUCCGCUGGUUUGGAUGUUAUGACCCCGGAGCCAUUGCCCGCCGAUGAUCCUUUAAUGAAAAUACCAAAUUGUGUUGUCAUCCCUCACAUGGGCACCCAAACUCUAAAGACCACCACUGAAAUGGCCAUGUUGGCAGCCAAUAAUCUUAUCAAUGCCCUCGAAGGAAAACCCAUGGUCUGUCCUGCCUAUUAAAAACCAACCAUCCGAAUUUCUUUAAAAUUUUAAUUUCAAAUUUACUCAUCAUUAUCUUUAACACUUAAACUUAUAAAUAAAGUAUCCCAUUCCUCACGAUUCAGAGCA